GCCACGUCGCUCUUCGAUCGCCAUUUUCCUGUCUUCUGAAGCUAGAAUCGAACUGUUCGGGCUUUACGUUGUCAAUCAGCCCUGGCAGCUAGGAAAUAAAUCCUUACCAGAGACGAACGGAACUGUCUGACGAGUCCUAAGACUUGUUUUGUCGGUGAAGGGGCCUCCUCGAACAUGAACAUUUUUAGGCUAACAGGCGAUCUGUCCCACCUAGCAGCCAUCAUCAUCUUGCUGCUAAAAAUAUGGAAAUCCAGGUCUUGUGCCGGUAUUUCUGGGAAGAGUCAGGUCCUGUUUGCCUUGGUCUUCACCACUCGCUACCUGGACCUGCUCACAUCCUUCAUCUCCCUCUACAACACCACCAUGAAGCUCAUCUAUAUUGGCUGUUCAUACGCCACGGUGUACCUGAUCUACAUGAAGUUCAAGGCGACUUAUGACGGGAACCAUGACACGUUCAGGGUGGAGUUUCUGGUCGUCCCCGUUGGUGGACUGGCUUUCCUGGUGAACCAUGACUUCUCUCCUCUGGAGAUCUUGUGGACGUUUUCCAUCUACUUGGAGUCUGUGGCCAUUCUCCCCCAGCUCUUCAUGAUCAGUAAAACAGGGGAGGCUGAGACCAUCACCACCCACUACCUGUUCUUCCUUGGCCUCUACAGAGCCCUCUACCUCAUCAACUGGAUAUGGAGGUUCUACUUUGAAGGCUUCUUUGACAUGAUCGCCAUCGUGGCGGGAGUGGUCCAAACCAUCCUUUACUGCGAUUUCUUCUAUUUGUAUGUAACCAAAGUUCUGAAAGGGAAGAAGCUGAGCCUGCCAGCCUAAGUGCCAAGGAGGAGAGUUCCAGCAGAGUCGCAACGGCAGGGGGUCGCAGGGGGAGGAGCAGCAUCAUCGGACACCUCACCCUCCUCCACUGCCUCCCCUUCCUGCCCUUCUGGUGGAAGAUGCCUGAGACAGAAAGCAAAGCUGUGCCUCCAUCAGAUCCAGAAUCAGCGAAGCAGGAAAACUUGCAGAUUCUCAUCCGAGGCCUUGGAUUUCUGUUUGAUGCAUCUUUCCUUCAUUUUUUUUAAUUGCUCUGUAUAAAAGAACAAAACGCGGAUGUUCUAUGUAAAAGCUUGCCCUCUGAAUCUUGGACACAAGCUGAGGAUGGAGAACUGCCAGUAAUUGGGCAGUGCGUGACGCUGAAGUGGACUUGUUGUGGUGUCGAGCAUUUGUAAUAAAAUAAAGGUUUGUUUUUCAUGAAUCAAACUGAGGACAGAUUUGUUGAAUCCUUACCAAUAUGACAGACAUAUUGUCCUUUUAUUUUCUUCUUCAUUAUUUGCCUGUUCUGCAUUUUAACUUGUAAAGUUUCUCUCCUGCAGUAAUUUAAACUUCUUUCCAUAAUAAAAAAAAAUCUACACGGAUGUUAGAAGUUAUAUUUUCAUUUCGAUGACAUCAGACAGUGAUUAGCUAUAUUUUUAACUCCAUUUAUAAGAAAUUAAAUGAAGAUUAAACUCCGAGCAGAGGAUGCUCCACAUUCGUACACAACCAAUCCACCACUCCUGUAAUUACACACCAGUCCGUCAUUUCACAUGAUUUUGAAGCUUCAUUAACUCUUCAUGUGCUGUAUGUAAAGUCUCGCCGCAGACUUUCCCCCUUUUAGAUUCACGUGUAUUUAUUGUAUUUUCUUGCUGGUUUCCAAUAAACAAUGAACACUACAGAGAAGGCUUGUUGGGUCCAGACAGCAAACUGUUUCCUGGACAUUUCUGCUUUUCUUUCACUUUGCAGCUGCCUCAUUUUUAAAAUGUUCCUAUUUUUUUAUAUUAGAGGUUUUGCAUGUUGUUGCCAUCACAAAUAAACACUAGA